AUGGAUAUACAACGACUGGAACGAUACUUAAAAAUAAAUAAAAUAUAUUUAAUCAUCGUUGGCAUGUGGCCGAAUCAAAAACGCAAAACGAUUCCCCGUAUUUUUAUAGAGUUAAUAGCGAUCAUGGCGCAUCUUACACAGGGAAGCAACAUAAUACUAUUCUUUAGUCUAAAUGUUGCAAUGGAUCAAAUUCCAUUUCUGGUGGUGGCUAUUCUCCUAAUGAUAAAAUACAACAAUUUUAUUAUUAAUGAGCAAAAGUUCAAGGAAUUGUUUACGAGUAUUCUGAAUGAUUGGCAAAAGAAGAAAACGCACGAGGAAGAGAUGAUCCUGGAAAAAUACGCUGACAAAAGUUUAUUCUUUAUAUUAAUAUACAUAGUAAACGCGUACUUUUGUGCAGUCCUUUUCUUGAUCCUUCCCUUGACGCCUAUUUUGUUGGAUAUAUUCAUACCCUUGAACGAGUCACGGCCGAGGAUCCAGAUAUAUCCAGCGUAUUACUACAUCGAGAAUGAGGCCGAUUAUUAUUAUCCCAUUUUGAUAUUCUCGAUCGUAUCGUUGUUCACGGCGAUGUGCGUGUUCAUUGCAACGGACACAACACUGGUCUACGUCGUGCAACAUGCUUGCGGAUUGCUCGCCCUUGCAGGUUACCGCUUCAAAAAUAGCUUGAACGAUUUGUACUUGUUGAGGAAAGAUGCGAAAGUGGAUGAAAAAAUAUACAGAAGAUUGUGCUACGCCAUUAAAACUCACAAACGGGCGCUUGCAUAUCUCGCCCAAAUCGAGGAUUUUUUCUCUAUGAAUAUCUUCGCGCAAGUGGGUGCAUCAAUUUUGUGUCUUACUGUCACGAUGAUGAAGAUAGGUACAAUAACAUGGUCCAUGGAAACUAAUCAGUAUUACGGAUACGUGAUUGCUCAAGUGGUGCACAUUUUCUUCCUCACAGCUCAAGGCCAAUUCGUCAUUGAUUCACAUAAUAAUGUUUAUUGGGAUAUGUACGAACCAUAUUGGUAUAAUGUGCAAUAUAAAAUUCAAGCAAUAUUCGUUCUGAUUCUGCGAAGAAAUUUGAAUCCCCUUCUGUUAACAGCCGGUGGAUUAGUGCAACUAAACUUGAACACUUUUGCAGAGAUAUCACGGGUAGCAGUGUUUUACAGCGUUGACGUCUUAUCAGAUCAAAUACCGUACAUUGAUUUAGGAUUUGCCCUUAUACUCAAGCAAUACAAUUAUAUCUUGAAUGAGAAAAAGCUCAGAGAACUUCUACAUAACAUUAUAUCCGAUCGACUGGUGAAACGGUCAAAGGAGGAAGAAGAAAUUUUCGAAAUAUAUUUUAAGAGAGCAAUGUUCUUCUGUUCCUUUUACGAAGUUAGCAUAUACUCUUGUGGAUUUAUGUUUCUCUCCAUGCCAUCUAUACCACUAAUAAUGAAUGUCAUCAUGCCACUAAACGAGUCACGAAAUCGUGAACUCGUCUAUCCAUCCUAUUAUUUUGUGGAUGAAGAGAAAUAUUAUUAUCUCAUAACAGGACACAUGUUAGCAGUGUGUCUUGGACACGUUUUUGUAUAUAUUGCCUGUGACAUAAAUUUGAUUCACGUUGUACAUCAUGGAUGUGCCUUGUUGACCAUCAGUGGGUAUCGUUUUAAACAUGCCAUGGAUAACGUUGAUCUUUGUAACGAAAAAUAUAGUGAUGAGUUAAUGGAGAAAACUUAUGCAAAAGUAAGUCAAUCCAUCGAUGCUCACAAAAAAGCUGUUGAAUAUGUGAAUAAAAUCGAUGCUUGUCAUAUACACUAUUUCUUCAUCCUUUUGGGAAUGAUAAUUAUAACAUUCACGGGAACAUUCAUAAAGUUGGCAUCGAUGGAAAUAGGAGGUAGAUUCUUCACUUUUUGUACAUUUACUAUUGGUCAACUAACUCACUUGCUUUUUUUAAUGGUCAUGGGGCAAUUUUUGAUAGAUUCAAAUGAAGAAGUCUUUAAAACAAUAUACGAUGCUCGUUGGUAUUAUGGUUCGUCGAAAACGCAAUCGUUAUAUUUAUUAGUACUGCGAAAAUGUUUGAAUCCACCGAAACUGACAGGAGGAGGAUUGAUCGCUUUAAAUUUAGACAGCUUUGUAAAGGUCAGCUUAUUUUUAUAAAAUAUUAAGAAUUUAUCCUUAAGAAAGGGGUUAACAAUUGAGUAACAAUAACUGAAUUGAAUUUUUUCAGGUUUUAAAAGCGUCUUUCUCAUAUUACACAUUCAAAAGCAUUACAACAUUGAAAUUAGAAUGUAUUACAGUAUAUACCUGGAUAAUAAUUAUAGGGUCGAAGUCUCCCUGUUUCAAGUAGAAAGAAAUGAGGAACCAGCCAUGAAGAGAACUAUAGGAUAUAGAGCCGCAAACAAAAAAAGCCAGGAUGGAAAUCGAAUCACAUUUUCUCAUAUCAUGGACAAGCAAGCAAUAGAGGAUCAAUAUCUGAGAAUUAACAAAUUUUUUGGACAGCUAGUUGGUGUAUGGCCUUAUCAGGAAAGAUUCACUAAAUCUUGCAUACGAUUAACUAUAUCCGCCAUAAUAAUCCUUACUCUUACAACGCAGAUAUAUCAGGUAAUAGUGUUCUGCACAUUGGAUGCCUUAUCAAAUCAAUUGCCAUACUUGAAUGCUGUGUUCAUCCUCUUAUUCAAACAAUAUAAUUAUAUUUUAAACGAGGAUAAGCUCAGAGAACUUCUAAAUGACAUCAUAUUUGAUCGGCUGAUGAUACGAUCGAAGAAAGAGUUAGAAAUUUUGAACAUGUAUUCAAAAAGGGCAACGACACUCUGCAUUUUUUAUGAAGUUAUAGUAAUUUCCAGCGCGAUCAUGUUCAUCAUGAUACCAACUAUACCACCUAUUUUGAACAUCAUCAUGCCUUUGAACGAAUCACGAGGCCGUGAAUUUAUCUAUCCAACCUAUUUUUUCAUAGACGAGGAAAAAUAUUAUUAUCCCAUACUAACGUACAUGGCAACAGUAAUAUUGAUAGUGUCUUCAGUGUAUUUAGCCUGUGAUACAAAUUUGGUGCAAAUUGUACAUCAUGGAUGCGCCUUGUUAGCAAUAAGCGGGUAUCAUUUCAAGCAUGCAGUGGAUGACAUGAAGUUUUCCGACGGAAAUUAUAUUGACCUCCUAAUGGAUGAAACUUAUAAAAAGGUUAAACAAUCCAUUAAAGCUCACAAAAUAGCCGUUGAAUACGUGGACAAAAUCGACGCCUGCCAUAUAUACUACUUCUUACUUAUCAUAGGAACGAUAGUAUUAGCUUUCACCGGUACUUUUCUAAAGCUAUCAACCAUGGAAAUAGAGAUUAGAUUCUUCACGUUCUGCGGAUACACUGUUGCUCAAUUAACUCAUCUGUUUUUCUUAACGAUUAUGGGACAGUUUCUUAUAAAUGCCAACGAUGAAAUUUUUCAAACAAUAUAUGAAGCACAUUGGUACAAUGGUUCAUCGAGAACGCAAUCAUUAUACGUACUGGUACUUAGGAAAUGUUUGAGUCCGCCAACAUUGACAGGAGGAGGCUUAAUUGCUUUGAAUUUAGACAGUUUUGUACAGAUCUUAAAAUUAUCAUUUUCAUAUUAUACCGUAUUUAGAUCCUAA